UAAUAACAUCAAGCAGAACAAGUUUGUUCCUUUCAUCUUGAAAUCAUAAUGUUGAAGUACAGCCUACAGGAAGGCCCAUGCAGUUCACCACCAAUGUCACAUAUAUGAGAAUAUGAUCAGAAAUAUGGAUCAUCGACAAUUAUUGCGGGGGCGUUGAGUCAACAUUCCAGCAUCAUGGAGAAGAAGAGGGUUGGUUUUUAAAUGUUCUUAUAAUCCUUUCCUGUAGACUUCCUUCACAGUUAUACUGUGCUCUAAUCUAUUGGAGCUCAAUAUCUGUUAUUCAAAAUCUACUACUAUAGUCACAUCAUUCACCUGAUAAUUGUUAUCAUAACUUCAUUGGCUCAUUUGGUACAGAUGAGUCAGCAUAAAUGUCUUCAUUAGUAAGGAAGUUAUCAAAGAAGACAAGUCACUCUACACAAGAGGCUGUGAUUAGAUUGACAACUGUAGCCCACACUCCUUCUUCUUCUGCUUCCCCUCCCCCUCCUCCACUCCCUACAGCACAACCAUGUUCAUCAUUACUGCUAGUAAGACCAUCGACAAGAUCUAAUACAAAAUUAUCAGAUAAAACUAAAACAGAGAAACGUAAUGAUACCAUACAAGAUAUGAUUCAAAAAGAUGUCAUCAACAUUCACCUUUAUUGCAUUAUGGUCGCCUUGUCUCAUAUCAAGCCACAUGGGAAUCCAUGGAAGUAAACUUAUUAUUAUGAAAAAAAAUUUUAAGCAUUGUGAAUAUAAACUAAUAAUUUUUAAAACACACACUUCACACACGCACAAAGUGUUAUUAAUUAGACAUUGCCUUUCUCAGUAA